CCAUAAUUGACCACAUAACUUAAUCAACGCGCACGUCACAAGUACGUACCAACUCCUUUACAUGUACUCCGAUCCUACAAUAUGCGCCAUAUGCAUGUAGAUCCUGUGGAUGGUCAUCUAAAACUGGAGAGAUCAUCACAAUGCCCACCUACAAGCUGACUUAUUUCAACAUACGUGGAAGAGUUGAAAUAAUUCGAUUGAUCUUCAAGCAAGCCGGAGUUGAGUUUGAAGAUGUUCGUGUAUCCCAAGGAGAAGAAUGGCUGAAACUUAAACCCAGCAUGCCCUAUGGCACAAUCCCAGUGCUGGAAGUAGACGGCAAACAGCUUCCUGGGCGUGGCAGUAUUCAACGCUACCUAGCAGAGAAGUUUGGUCUGGCUGGCUCGAAUGAUUUCGAGAAUGCUCAAGUGCAUAGCAUCGUUGAUGCUGAAAAUGAUUUCGCACAGAAGUUCCUAGGCGUAGUUUUCGAAAAGGACGAAUCAAGAAAGUUCAAACUCAAAAAGAAACUGGAAGACGAAGUCAUGCCGAAAUAUUUAGGGAUUUUCGAGCAGAUUCUAACCAAGAAUGCUUCUCCAGAUGGAUGGUUCUUCGGUUCCAAGGUGACCUACGCUGAUCUUGGCUUCUUUAAUAUGAUGUGUUGGUCAGUGAAGGAAGGAUACAGCUCACUGCUCGAUAAGUACCCUGCCAUAAAGAAGAACAUAGCAGCUGUGGAAGCACUCCCUAACAUCGCCAAGUGGCUGAAAGAAAGACCUGUGACUGCAAUGUAGAACUGAUUUUAUUUCUAGAUCACUCAUGAUUUUUUGAUUUUCUACUCAUUCGAUUAUUGCAUUGUGCAUUGUUAUCACCUUGUGGUGAAGUUA